AUGUGUGGGACAACAGACGGUCACAAGGAGCAGCUUUUACGCACAGGAGCGCUCGGUAGUUUACGGUUCAAUAAUAACUCUUUAUUAAAAGACGACAUGCUGCUGCUCGGCUCUGUCGCUCCCUGGAUGCUGCUGGUCUUCCUUGGUCAGCAUCUGUCUCUGUCCUCCGCGUCUGUGCGCAGUAAAACCCGUGGAGCGGACCGCAGCGUGGCGCCACAGUCCGGCAGAGCGCAGAGGAGCGAGAACAAGGUCGCAGCCAUCGGCCGCGGCAAGUUCACACUCAAGGACAAGAUGCAGUGCACGUGGACGGCGAGGGACGCGAGGGGCGCGGUGAGGCUGCUGGUCAAGUGUGAGAACCCGGAGGCGCGCGUCAAAGGCGGGACCACCGAGAUGAAGUGCGAGUACACCGCCAAACCUCAGAGCUGCCCAGGCUUCCAGUCCGACCCCAAGAGCUUCUGGAAGCAGGUGGCCCGCGCGCUCAAGAGACUGCAGGGGAAAGUGUGCAGGGAUGAGCGCGCGCUGGUCAAAGCUGGCAUGUGUAAGCGCGCGCCCCGGGAUGCGCAUUUCGAGUUGGACAUCAACAGUGCGGUGAUCUCAGCUCAGUCAGGAGACCUGGAGACCACACCAACAACACCACAGCCCCGCACCUCCUCCACUCAGUCCUCCACUCGGCCCUCCACCUUCUCCACCUCUGUCAGACCCUCAGCCUGCAGCGGGCGCGCGGACCACAGGAAGACCGCAGAGGAGUACUGCAGCAGCUCCUGGGCCAGUGUUUGCUCCUUCUUCUUCUCUGUCCUGCAAAAUGACUGUUAGUCUCCUCUCAUCUCGUGACUCAUUAUGUAUGUUGUUUCACUGUCACUACAUUUCUAACCUCAGGGUCAAAGGUUAAUAUUAUGAUGCCUUUCAUUAGUAGUGGGAAACCUUGGAGCAACCUCACUUACUCCCCAGGAGACUGUCCUCCAACAAAAACACAACUAUGGGUCCUAUGCAGGAAUUAUCACCCAUUUUUAAAUAGGCGCCCCCUAGCGGUAGUAUGAAUAGCAUCAACCUGGUACCUUCAGUGUGUCAUCAUCAAGUAGCUUUAGGUUGUUUGCUUCGUGGUUGAAGAUUUGUACUUAGGUGUGAUUGUCACAUGUUUGACUCCCAUGUUAAACUUUUACAAGCACAAUUUUUAUGUCACAGUCUGUAACUUGCUCCCUAGUCCUGUCUGGUCUUUAAACCUCACUAACACAUGUAAUACCAGCGGUGCAGCUGAAAACGUACCUAUUGGUCGUACUCAGGGGUUGACCAGAACGACCCAUAGUUAUGUUUCAGUUGCACUGAACUAUAAAAAUACUACAAUCCUCCAACUCAACGUAACUAUUGGUUAUGGGUUAUUAUGACCCACAUUUAUAUUUCACUUGCAGGACAGGUUGAAAAAACCAUGUCGAGCGUUGCUAUCGACAGGAAUUGCCAUGUGUUCACUCCCAGCUCCAACCUCCGAUAUAAAUGGCACGCAGUAUUAGAGCGACAAAUUGGCAAUAAUCUGUGUGGGUGACCAUAUGAUAUA